CACACAUACACAUACACACACACACACACACACACACACACACACACACACACACACACAAACACACCCACCUCCUCCUCCUCCCCGCCAACCCUAGAAAAGUGACGUCGCACGAGUGAUCACCCGCCAAACACAACCGAUAUAUAUACCACAAUCUCCAUCCAUCCAUCUACAUACACACACCGCCAUCAUCAUGGAUGCGGCUACCGAACUCCAGAACUUAAAGUUCACCCCGCGGUCCGAUGCCUGGAAGCAUCUGCGAAAAUUCGAGCGUCUGUGCGGUGUCGCAUACCCGAGAGCUACAGAUGCUGGCAAAUGGUCGCUGUUCGUCAAAACGAUCGAUUCCAACGAUCCCAAUGCGUGGCCAAACAGGUUCACACCUCACCGAUGGCUGCUUGAUUUGAAUGAUGCCUGGAUAAGAGACAACCCCGCCUGCGACGAUAUCAACUGCCAUGACUGUAAAACCGACGCUAUGUCUUACGACCACCUCAAGAACGCCUUCAUCGACCGGUGGGCAGUCGACGACCGGGCCUCGCGCCGACACGGUCCUCCCUCGCGAUCCUACUCCAUGCCACCCCAGAGCAUCGAUUCCGGUUCCGAGACAGAGUCCACCGCUCCCACUGCCAUGAUCCCCCACUCCCACUCGGCAGUGCACCUUCCUCCGGCUGCACCUACACCCCCGAACGAGCCGGUCUCCGAGUUCCAGGAGACAAAGACCCAGAUCUCGAUCAACGCCGAGCACGGCACCGGUCAGAUCGUGCUCUCCAUCUCGGAGAACAAGCAGCGGGGGAAGCGCAAGACCAAGCAGCACGAGUCCUCUCCCGGCCCCGACAGCAGGAGCGCAUCCCCGACACGGCCACCCCACAGGCAGCAGAUCGAGGCGCCUCCGCGCCACCCGGUCCACGUCAUCGAAGCCACUCCCGACCACCAGGAAGGGAGUUCACGGAUGGGAGGACAUCACGGGAUGGACCACGCCGACCCACGACUGGGUCUCGGCGGGGGUCUUGGCCAGGGUCUCGGCCAGGGUCUUCGCCAGGGUGACAUGGAGCACCGCCACGGCUCGCCACUGAACUCUCCCACGAACUCCCCCGGCGCACUGGAGCUGCGCCACGGCUCCCCCGACAACCGCGGCAUCGUCGAGCGGAUGGAUCGCAUGGACCUGUACAAACCCGAGUCACCCGUGCGACCACCUACCCCACCCGAGACCGACGCCAACCGCGAGCCUCCCUUGCGGCCCCGCCUCCUCGAGGGCAAGGUCUGCGCCAUCACCGGUGCGUCGCGGGGUAUCGGGCGUGCCAUCGCCCUGGGCUUCGCGAAGGAGGGUGCGCACAUCAUCGCUCACUACUGGGGCACCAAGUCCGAUCCCGCCAACGAGGAGAUUGUCUCGCUGUGUGUCGACAUCCGUUCGCUCGGUCAGGGAUGUACGAUCGUCUUUGGCGACAUCUCGGAUCCCAGGACGAGUGAGAACAUUGUGAGGCGCGCGGUCGAGACAUAUGGACGCCUCGAUAUCGCUGUCGGUAACGCGGGAAUGUGCUGGCUCCGUGAAUUCCUCGAUGUGACCCCUGAGCUCCUGCGCCGCCACGUCGACGUGAACCUCAACGGCAACUUCUACUUCGUCCAAGCCUGUGCGCGCCAGUUCAAGCGCCAGUUCCUCGAGCUCCCGGUCGACACGCCCAAGUCCGACUGGCCCGACUACAGCGUGAUCUGUGUUUCGGCCACGUCCGUCGGCGACUCGGGCGGAAAGCAGGCCCACUUCUCGCCCACCGCAGCGGGUAUCCGCGAGUUGAUGCGGAACUGCGCGCAGGGGCUCGCCAAGUACGGAGUCCGCUGCAACACCCUCUCGCCCGGGUUGGUCCAGACGAAGAUGGUCAAGGAGGUCGUCGAGGACAUGGAAGUCCGCGGACGCCUCGAGAAGAAGAACCCCUUCGGACGUCUGGGUGUCCCCGGCGACGUGGUCGGACCUGCCGUCUGGCUUGCUAGUGAGAUGGCCAAGUGGACGAACGGUCAGGAGAUUGUCGUUGAUGGCGGUACUAGCGUCGGUUAAGUGCGCGUCGAGGUAGGGGAGCAUGGCAGCGCGCUUGUGGGUGGUGUUUGUUAUUUUUUUUUUACAUGUUGUUUUAUUUUACAUUGCGAUUUUUGUUGUUGAUUUGCAUUCAUGUCAUUUAUCAUCUAGGUUUUGGUUAUGAGGUCUUGUAGGAUUGGUUUGUUGGUUUGUUGGUCGGUUUGGUGGGAUUGGUGGGAUGGGAUGGG